GGUAGACAGCCCAAGAAGGUCACAAAGAAACAGAGAUAAAGAAGGAGAAAAUAUUUCUUCAUGGGACAUCAUGCGGGUCUGUGCGUUCAGGUUGCACACCCAUCAGUGGUGUUUCCUGCUCUGUAAUGUUGUGCUGUUCCACGCGCUGUUGUUUGGUGGUGACAUCGUGGAAGAGUUCCUGCUCCAGUCUUCUCCAGCCGCUUAUACUGACCGUGCUGUACUUGAGCUCCGUGAGCGUGCACGCAAACUGGAUCUGAGCGAUACCAUGCCCAACUCCUCACAGAUUUACCCUAUUAGCUCCAAGCCCUGCCCUCAUCACCAAGACCUACUUUUUCUUACUAUUGUGUUUAGUGACCCAGAUAAUGCCAGCCAGAGAGAGGCAAUCAGAAGCUCGUGGGCCAAUCAGACAUUGGUGCAGGACGUGGCAGUACGGACGCUGUUCUUUCUAAACCCAUCCACCUUGGAGUCAGAGCAUCAGGUGGUGUGGGAAGAGUCUGUCCGUCACGGUGACGUGGUACAGUGUGAAGGGCCUUUGUCACGAGAUCACUGGGGUCAGGUCAAACUAGCUCUGCGUUGGGUUCUGCUUUUCUGUCCUCAUGCCCGAUUCGUGGUUUUGACAGAGGAUUCAGUUUUUUUAAAUGUUCCAGCACUUGGCACCUACUUGCUUACGCUCCGUACCCACCCCGACGAUCUGUACUUGGGCAGGGUCAUUCAUCAUGCCUCACCUGAACGAAAUUAUAACAAACCCCACUAUGUCUCCUUCCACCUCUAUCCAGACCGGUCUUUCCCCGAUUACUGCUCUGGCCCUGCCUUCCUGAUGUCGCAGGAUGUAGUGCGUAAAGUUUAUGUGGCCUCUAAGGAUGUAGCUCUGGCCCUCCCAUCAGAUGUCUUGAUUGGUCUGUGCGCAAGAGCAGCAGGUGUAGUGGCUACUCAUAACGCACGCUUUUCUGGAGAACGACAUGUGCGCUACAAUCCCUGCUGCUAUAACUUCCUGUUCAGCUCAGCCUCAGUGGAUGCAGAGCUGAUGGGCAUGGCGUGGAGGGAUUUGGGCAAGGGAAGAGGGCGGCACUGCAGCAUGUUUGAAACGUAUUACAGUUUGGUAGUGUGCAAGGCCAUGACUUACCUAAACAGUGUCAACUUUCUCAGUGGAAACAAUACAAAAGACUAAAUAUGUCCAUGUAAAUGUUCAUGUUUAAUAUAACCUUUAGAAGUAUCUACAAAAGUAUGCACAAAUAAAUUAUAUUUUAAAAUAGCUUAAAAAAAAGCAGAAGAAAAACAAAAAAGGUAGCAAAUCAAAGUACUCAAUUAGUGAUUAGGGGUGUGAUCAUAGAUGAAUAUGACAGUAUGCCAUGAUUUAAAAAAUAGUUAUAUAGAGAAUUUUACAUUAUUGUUCUAUGGCAUAUAGUAUUCUAUUCUUAAAAAUUGUGAAGAUUGUGAUAUUCAAUAUAACGAUUAUCAUACUGUCCCAGCAUUAAUUGCAGCUAUUAAAAAAUGUCACUUCAUAGCUAAUGUUGCAUCCGCUGGCCACUAAACCUUAGUUUUUAAAGAUCACUGUUUGAAGAUCACUGAAUUUUGUGCAGCUUGGAAACCUAAAUUACACACACACAAAACACACACAUACUGUACUGAACAUAAGUACACAAAACAGGUUGAACAGAUAAUAGGGUAUGUAAUUGUGUGUGUACAUUUGAUUUUUUUGUUUCUACAAAUACAGUACAUGGCUAAAAGUUUGUGGACAACUGACCAUGGGUGUGAUCAUUAGGUGUCCACAAACUUUUGGCCAUAUGGUGUACCUACAUUUUGAAGUUUUUGUAUUUCUUUGUGCAGUAGUUUCAAAAUAUAUUGGGAUAUAUAAAAAAUUAUAUUAAAGUUCUAUUUCACCUGGAUACCUUCUUGUAUGUGUGUACACUCAUGCCGAGAAGUUCCAACAAGGCCAUGAAGUGAUGCAGUAUUUGCAAUAAAUACCACUGUCAUACAGCCAUCUUUCUCAUUUUUUUCUCACCUUGUACACGUCAGGCCACACAUACACCAUAUGAAGCUAUUGGCUUAGCAGUUAACAAAGCCUUCGAAGAUUAUGAUAUGCUCUUCUAAUCUUUUCUGCAACAUCGGGUGCAUUUUUUUAUACGUUGCAAGUGUUUUUUCUUGUGAACUGCUAUGGAACUCAGACACCUCCUAGCUUUAAGUUGGUUUUAACCCAUUAGCUUUGCCUUAGCAAUAGCGUUAUUAGCUAUCACCGUGCUGUUCACCAGUUAUCUUCAAACUGAGUAAGCAGCACUCUCUUCCAAGGCUUCUUCCAAGUAUCUCCCAUCUUCUACCAUCUAGCUGACCAGCAGCCCCAUGGCUACAUUCCGCUAGCAUGGCUGAAUGGUUUUCCUGUAACUAUGCCAUGUACUUUCAAUACUAAGCCUAGACCUACUCAAGUCCAAGUCACAAUUCUGGGACUGGAGUCACUUUUUUUCAUUUCACCCUUCAUUCUCCCUUCAAGCUGGUUUACAAACAAUGCCAAGUAGAACAAUACACUCUGCCAUUGCAAGUUACCAUGCUAUGCAAACAUCACAAAGAGCAAAGACAUAUAAGGCACGUAAGAUACAUAAGACACGUAAGACACGUAAGAAAUAAGAUGCACAACAGUGCAGGAAUAUACAGUGCAGAGACAGUAACAAUAAAUAUGUUUGUACAGAAUACACAUUGCAAUAUGCAAGUGAAUUUUAUAUAUGCUAUACACAUUAUGUACAUGAAUGUCCUGAUUUGGUGUGUGUGAUGUGAGUGCUGUUGGAAUAAAUGAUAUGAUAGAACAGUCCAGGUCUUCAUAGAUGCAGAUGGGUGUGUGACUGUGUGUCCAUCAAAUGGAGAUAAAGGCAAUUAUGCCUGACUGGAGGUCCCAUUCAGAGCCCUAAUCGCUUGUGGAAAGUACCUCGUCCUGAAAUGGUUCGUGUUGGUGCUUAUUCUGUGGUAGCUUUUGCCUGAGCACAGUAGUGAGAACAGGCUGUGGUUUGGGUGCAAAAGUCUGAGACCACUAGUGGAAAUGCUUCUAAUAUGCAUUCUUUUCUAAUUUAGUAAUUAAUUUUCAUUACAAAUUAUAUUAUUGUCAACAACUUGAGUGAAAAGUGGAACCUUUGAAAUAUUUACAUGAAUUCAGACUUUAUUAGUAUUUGUUAUGUCCCCUUUUUGCUUUAAUGACAGUGUGCACUCGAGCUGACACAGAAUCCACAAGCUUGUGCAAAACCUCAUGAUCCAUUUUAGAUCAAAUCCAUCGGUGUGUCGUCUAAAAUCUGACCUUUUGUACAAAGCAGUUAACAGGGUCAAUGUCACAAAUUUGCUUACAUUAAAUAGGGACCUAGAAAUAGUGCAGAAUCUUGAAUAUUAAAUAUUCAAUAUAAUGAACAUUUAUUUUCUUUGUUUUAAAUAUUUCAAAAUUCUAAAACUUUCUGUUUAUUUCCAAUUUUAAAGUAAAAAAAAAAAAUCCCAGAUUUUCAAUGUAGUCUCACACUUUUGGGCCCCAGUGUAUAUAAUUACUGACAGUAGACUU